AACUCUUUAUAUGAGUGGCAGGCAACACAAUCCAAUUACUUCUUCCCCAUCAUAGCAUACCAAGCCUCGGAAGAACUACACACCGUGGCAAGCAGCAGCAGCACUUCCCAGGACGAGAUAGUAGACCUGGAAAGGCGAGUUUCAUGGCAGAUCAGUUCCAAGCAGGCAGCGGUAGCAGUGGGACCUGGUGGAGCACUGCAAGGAGCAGCGGCUUCGGCGGCGGCCCGACCAUGUCCGCGUCGGCAUCCUGCUCGACGGAGCUCACUAGCGUCGCAGGGAGCUUCAACUGGGCGACCGCCAGCGACAUGUUCGAGCCCAAGUCGAGAUCAUGUGAUGAGUCGCCGGUGUCGAUCUCGAACAGCUCCGUGACCUUCCAAGAUAUCCAGAACUCCCAUGUUUCUGCUCCGGUGAUCGCUGCACCGAUGUUGGACAGCGUUUCACAGGCCAUGGAUUUCGGCCUGUCGUCUCCUACCGUCGAGUGGAGCCAAUCUUUCUUUAGCAGCAGCGGAAGAGGUCAAAACAGCUUCCAUGCUUUACUCCAAGAAGACGUGAUCUCUAGGCCAUAUGCUCAGCGAGAUUGGGGGGUCGAAUCCAAUCAAACCCAUAUUCCCUUGAAGAACUUGAACCACUGUUCCUUACAAGAUCACCAUGUACUUCUGAGCUCCAGAAUUAAUAGCAUCCCGCUCCUCUCAGCUUCCCAUGGAUUACCUUCAACGCUGUUGCAAGGCCACCUCGAGCCCGAGAGCAGACUUCAAGGCUCAUUUAACGAUGCGCGUACAAUGAAGUAUGAGUCUUCAGUCGACUGCCGCGAAGCGUCGAACGACUCGUUGCAGACUUCAGUAGGUACAUUGCCGCAGUUCAUGAACGCUUCACCGCCGAAGCAGCAGCUGCAAUUCUCCAACGACACUCCCUUUUGGAAUCCUUCAGCAAGCAGCGUAAACGAAGCACACUCAAAUUUCCACCAUGCGAAGCCUCCUCAACCAUUCCACAACGAGAAUUCAAGUCACAGCAAGCCUGUUGUCAAGACUGCUUCAGGAGCUCGGGGCUCUUGCCCAACCUUGGAGAAGAGGAGUGACAGCGAGCCGGCGGCCAAGAAGCCAAGGACAGAGACCCCAUCGCCAUUGCCGACCUUCAAGGUGAGGAAGGAGAAGUUGGGAGACAGAAUCACUGCACUCCAGCAACUGGUUUCGCCUUUUGGAAAGACCGAUACCGCAUCAGUACUCCAUGAAACCAUCGAAUACAUCAAGUUCCUCCACGACCAAGUUCGUGUAAGUCUCUCCACCCUUUCUUUCAGGCAAACCGAUAACCUAUCCUCAUCUCCAACCUCACACACAUCAAACGUGCUUCAGGUUUUAAGUGCUCCAUAUUUAAAGAAAGAUCAUCAAACGCAGCAAACAAAGGCUUCGGACAAACCAAAGGAUUGCGAAGGGCGAAACCUAAACCUUAGAAGUCGAGGGCUGUGCCUUAUUCCGAUCUCGAGCACAUUUGCUGUUGCUAACGAGAUCCCUACUGAUUGCUGGACACCUACCUUUACAGGAACCUUUAGGUAGACAAAACAUUCCUUCAACGACGGGCAGGUAGGGAAGAACUUGCAGUAGAGAGAGAGAGAGAGAGAGAGAGAGAGAGAGAGUAAAGAGGAAGGAAAGAAAACUGGUGGUGACCCAACGAAGACGGUAUUUUGGAGAUGAUGUGAGGCAGGACUUGGGAGAACAGCUUUGGGAGGGAAUAAUUCCUAGUAGUAUUGAAGUGGAAGGUGGCUCAGCGAAUGGGAACAGGGAACAGGGAACAGGGAACAGGUGGUGGAAUAUGGCAGGGAAUGCAGGAAUUGUUUAGAAGCGUGUGGUCACUGUUGUUAGAUACCCAAGUUUGGUGUGGUGUGUGUGUGAGUUGGAUAAGAGUUGGCGCCACUUCUUUCUCUCUUUUCUAACAUAAAAUUUGCUGUCAUAAAAUCUAUCAGAAACAUCAACUUUUUCCUGCCUAUUUAUUUGAUUUUGGAUGUGGAAGUGGAAGUCAGACCGU